GUUGUAUGACUUCUGUUGUUGACACUGCGCACGCAGAGCAAUACAGCCACCAUUUGGUAGAUGUUCGUGAUUUUAAGAUCGUGUGCUUAUUGCCUGAUUAUGCCUUCAUGUUAAUUUAGUCCUAAUUUACCGUUAUGUCGUCUGGUUGUCAUCUUAGUGUUCGCUGACGCUGCUAGCUUUGCGACGUAAGUUAACUUAGCUAGCAUAGGGGGCUAGCCUUUAAUGGAGGAAGUUAGUCAAUUAGGACGCCAUGGAAAAAAACAUUUAAGUUCAGCCAAUAGACGUUAACGGUACACUUUACACGGUAGACUUUAUUGCCGCUUCGCGCUUGAAACCGGUUGGGACAACACACUCAAAACAAGAUGGCAGUGGAGCUGGAUGUGUUCGUGGGUAACACCACUAUCAUGGAUGAAGAGGUUUACCAGCUCUGGUUGGAUGGAUACACAGUGAAUGACGCAGUCAUGGUACGAAUGGAAGGAGGAGUGAUGGAGGAGUGUGAGGCGAGUGCAGAUGUUCUGCUGAGUGACACCAUGGACCAGUACCGGACGUUCCAGAUGUGUGAGCGUCUGCUGCAUAGUCCAGCCAAACUGGCCAACCAGCUACUGUUCCAGAUCCCCCCUCAUCGACAAGCCGUCCUCAUAGAGAGAUACUAUGCGUUUGAUGAUGCAUUUGUUCGUGAGGUCCUGGGAAAGAAACUCUCCAAAGGAACCAAGAAGGAUUUGGACGACAUCGGUGCCAAGACAGGCGUGACACUGAAGAGCUGCAGACGGCAGUUUGACAACUUCAAACGUGUUUUCAAAGUUGUGGAAGAGCUGAAGGGACCCCUAGUGGAGAAUAUCCGUCAGCAUUUUCUUCUCUCAGACAAGCUUGCAAGGGAUUAUGCUGCCAUUGUUUUCUUUGCCAACAAUCGGUUUGAGACAGGGAAAAGAAAGCUGCAAUAUCUCACUUUCCAGGACUUUGCUUUCUGUGCUGGGCAGCUUAUCAACAACUGGACCGUUGGGGCUGUUGAUAACAUGGUGGAAGACAUGGACGUGGAUCUUGAUAAAGAGUUUUUACAAGAGCUGAAAGAACUGAAGAUUUUAAUAACUGACAAAGAUCUGCUGGAUCAACACAAAAGUCUGGUCUGUACAGCUCUUAGAGGAAAGACUAAAGCUUUUAAUGAGAUGGAGGCUAAUUUCAAGAAUCUUUCCAGAGGCCUUGUCAACAUCGCCGCAAAGUUAACGAACACAAAAGAUGUCAGAGAUUUCUUCAUUGAUCUUGUGGAGAAGUUUAUUGAGCCGUGCCGUUCUGACCGAUGGACAGCAGCAGAUAUGAAACUCUACCUCACUCACUACACCAACUCUGCACACAUACUUGACACAUUCAAACACCAGGUUGUGUGGGACAGAUACAUGGGCGUCAUCAAAAGCUGUAUCUUCAAAAUGUAUCACGACUGAAGCGUUUUCCUCCGCGGCUGGCCCCUCUCUUCUCCCUGCUCUUCCCUCGGUUUGUUUUCUGUCUGUUCCCCCCACUGAAGCCGUUAUCUUAACCCUUGAGUUUUUGCUCUCUCUGUUUCGUUUAGUCAGCGGCGAUGAAUUUUGCUUCUCAAGCUCCAUUAACGCUUUCAGCCUCCCUGUUUGCACUCCAAGUGUCUGUAAAUUUGAUUUGUAAAUAAAAUGAACACA